ACGCAUUCCGCCGAGGGACGUUGUUCUGGGACGAGGCGUCAUGACCUUGAACCCUGUGCGGAUGAUAUAUACUUUUGAGAGGACUUAUUACUGCGCUAUCUCAGCUCAGGAAACCUUGGUCUUUGGACAUGGUCCUGGCCAUCUGCUUCGUAUUGUCAAGGCCAUUCAUCUGAUCCCUUCAUACCAUCAAGGUCCCUUCAUACCAUCUAGGUGCGUUCAAUACUGAAGCGUCGAAGUCACACCAUGGCGCUCGACAUUCGAUAACCGAGCAUCAAACCGGAACUAUGCCCGGUGCCUCCCUCAGCACAUAUGCAUACUGCUCUGGUGCCUGAAUCCUGACCACCCUCGGAGAUGUCCCCACUCGGCGGAGUAGCACGAGCACCACCCGUAGUUCCAGGCCAACCAAAACCCCAACCACGCUCGUCUCAUUGUCUCACCCCUCAACUGGCCUUAUUUGCCUUGUAUAGCAACAAGAACGAUUCCCGCUCUGACUCGUCACAUGUAAUGCCAUUUCAUACCAGUCUUGGGUGGUGCAUACAUCUGGCCUUGAUAGGCUCCUAUCGGAUUUCACCGGACCACACGAACAAGGCCACCUCGAGCAGGGUAUAAAACUUCACUGGCAGGAGCUGCAAGGCUAUCUCUCAUCUCAGUCGUUUAUCCUUCACACCCAGUCACUGCAUUCAACUUUCCACCUUCCAAUCCAAUCGCACAAUGUCCCGCACCGUCGUCGUCGCUCUUGCCGCUAUGCUCCUCACCUCCUCCGCGCUCGCAGUUCCCGUCCCCUCGGACAUCGACGCACUCGCUGCCGCUGCCGCAGCGGUGGUAGGCGAACCCGACAUCCCCAAGCCCGUAGAGGAUGUCUCCUAUUGCGGCUGGAGGCCUUGCCUCUCCUACUGAGCAUCCUUCUGUGAAGAACGCUCGACUUGACACCGGCAUACAGGCCGGACUGCAUUCUCUCUUUUUUCGUCUCACGGUCUCUUUCGAGCGAAACGCUUUCUCUCUCUUCUCUCCUUCGGGUUGACAUGUAGUGAUACCAGAGCUUCCUCUCCUCAUAAUGUCAUGAAACUGUGUUCC